GGCGAGAGGAAGAAUGACUGUUCUCUUAGCAGUUCUCGAUCCGGAACUUGUCAAGGAACUACGGAAACGGUAGUCCGCGCGCUGGAAGCGUGUUCGCUACUCAGAACCGAAGAACCUAAAGACGCCGGUGAGUUGAGGGGACGUGCUGUAGGAUGCUCUCCAAAUCCUUGGUUAUGGAAUAUCUGGCUCAUCCUGGUACACUCAGCUUGGCUGCUGGAAUAGCAUGUGGCAUGUGCCUGGGCUGGGGCCUCCGAGUACACUUUGGGACGGUCCCCAAAAGCUCAGUGAAUGAGACAGACACAGAGACCAGAACUGAAGCAAGCAUCUUAGGAGAGAGUGGGGAAUACAAAAUGAUUCUUGUGGUUCGAAAUGACUUAAAGAUGGGAAAAGGGAAAGUGGCUGCUCAGUGCUCUCACGCUGCCGUUUCUGCCUACAAGAAAAUUCAAAGGAGAAACCCUGAAUUGCUCAGACAGUGGGAAUACUGUGGCCAGCCCAAAGUGGUGGUCAAAGCCCCUGAUGAAGAAACUCUGAUCGCCUUGUUGACCCACGCGAAGAUGCUGGGACUGACUGUAAGUUUAAUCCAAGAUGCUGGACGUACUCAGAUUGCACCGGGCUCUCAAACUGUCCUAGGAAUUGGGCCAGGACCAGCAGACCUAAUUGACAAAGUCACUGGUCACCUAAAACUUUACUAGGUGGAAUUUUGUAUGAUGAUUGUCCCCCCACAAGUGUCUGAAACUGUCAAAUUCUAACAAUAAAAGCUGAAUUUCUGUCCCCAA